AAACUAUUGGUAUUAUGAGAAAAGAAGAUAAUACAACAAUGAAUUUAAAAAUGAUUUCCUUUUUUCCAAAAAAUCCAUCAGUUCCGAAAUGGAUUCCCGAUUUUACAUCUGGUGAUGUAGUUAGGUUUACAGGAAAAUUUCCUCACAAUGGGGAACCUCCUCAUGAUGAUAUUUUGGAGAUUUUUAACGGCAAGUAUUUAGACAAAGACGGGAGUCUUACAAGCUUGAGGGCUGAGCCCUUACAAAAGGAAAACUACUAUACCCACUAUGCGUAUGAAAACCCAACUACCUCUGAAGAAGCGAUUGCCUUGCCUGUUAUUGUAAAUAACCAGGCAUGGCCAGCAAUGUCACAUUAA